GCCUACCAAAAGCCUAACUAAACCCCCUACGUUCAUUCUACUAGUGAUAUCCCAGUCAUCUAAACACCUAUAAAGGUGAAAACUGAGCUAAUUUGUUGCUUGUGGAGCUGUCCAACUUUCGUUCUUCUACAGGAUUAAUGUUAUGCUGCUGCAAACUCCUUAUUUAAAGUAAUAUGCAAUUUCCAAUGCAUACCUGGGCGCUUGCGCUUGCCAAUAUACUACUGCCCAUUUCUAUCAUUGUCUUUGCGACAGGGUUCUUUCCAUAUAAACCUUUGCUUCCUGGCCUGGCUACUUUUCCUGAAACCGGGAAUAUUAAUGCACCACCACCAGUCUUCGAUAAAAUUAUAUUCAUGGUGGUUGAUGCUUUGCGGAGUGAUUUUGUAUUUGACCAUGGAUCAGGUUUCCUCUUCACACAAAGCUUGAUCCAGUCGGGGUCUGCACUUCCAUUUACUGCUUAUGCUGGUUCCCCAACGGUCACAAUGCCUCGUCUCAAGGCGAUUACCACUGGAUCAGUACCAUCAUUUCUUGAUGUGAUCUUGAACAUUGCCGAAUCCAGCAGUGUAUCAACGCUCAGUAAUCAAGACACAUGGUUGGCUCAACUGAAAGCAAGAGGUGGCCGGCUUGUCAUGUAUGGAGACGAUACUUGGCUCAAUCUUUUCCCGGACAUGUUUGACAGAGCUGAUGGAACCACGAGCUUUUUUGUUUCGGACUUUGUCGAGGUUGAUAACAAUGUGACUCGGCAUAUCCCAUUUGAGCUUUCAAAUAGCGAUUGGACAGCUCUUAUCAUGCAUUACCUUGGCCUUGAUCAUAUUGGACACAAGGCAGGCCCUAAUAGCCCCUACAUGAAGGGGAAGCAGAAUGAGAUGGACUCUAUUGUCAAACAAAUAUAUACAGCUAUGGAAGAGAAUGAACAUCUCCAGUCAACACUCUUUGUGCUUUGUGGGGACCACGGCAUGAAUGAAGCUGGGAAUCAUGGUGGGUCGUCGGCUGGUGAAACCUCACCUGCACUUGUUUUCAUCUCUCCUAGGUUCCAGGGGAGAAGUUACCCAAAAGAAAGCCCUAUCGAGGCAUCCCAACCUUUUCAAUAUUACCGCACCGUUGAACAAUCAGACAUUACACCAACAAUCGCGGGGUUACUUGGGUUACCGAUUCCUUUAAACAAUCUGGGGGUAUUUAUACCGGAGCUCCUCAUGAUGUGGGAUGAAGAUGCUUCCGAGAUUGAGCCCAUCUUAUUGCAUUUCUUGAAGUCGGCACAGAAAACUAUGAGCUUCACUGCAAGUAAUUACAAUGUCAGCAGGCUCUAUCUGGGAAUCAUUAUAUCUAGCACGGCUACUUUGCUCUCCUUUCUGUCAACAUACAGACAGUUUUCGCGACAAAAUUGUUCAGGAGCAUAUUUUACGUUCUGUGGACUGAUCUUCACAUGCAUGAUGUUUGCAAGUAGCUAUGUCGAGGAAGAACAUCAAUUCUGGUAUUGGGCUUUAUCAGGGUGGACGUUAUAUUUGCACACCAAAUCGAAUGCUCUACCAGACUACCUUGACCAAUUGAUUCCUUCCAUCCGAGAAUACAGCUUUGGAAACCGCACUUCAUUGCUUCUGCAGUGCCUGACUACAUUCGCCGGUGAUAAGGAGGCUGAGAUAGAACGAAUCUGCAGCACCAACCAUCAAGAUUUCGUCACAUCUGUCAAUCAACUAUUACGCAUCAGGGAAGGUACCGUGAGCGUUACAGCAGAGAUAUUGGAUCUCAACCAGUCUAUUCAAGCGAGCACUGAGCGAUUGGCCGAGCAAAAGCGAGCUUUGGUCGAGUCGCGAAGCCAUCGACAGAACAUUGAUGAGACCUUCCGCGCUUUACAAGACUGCCUAGAAGUCUUGCGCCUUGCAAAUCAAGUCCAUGAUUUGCUUGCCAAGCGCAACCAUUAUUCUGCGCUGCGUGCCCUUGAAGAGCUUCAGAAUGUCCACCUCAAAGGCGUUACACAAUACAAGAUUGCGGAAAUGAUCCAACGCUCCGUUCCGGCUACACAAAAAGCCAUUGCUGAAGCUGUUAUGUCUGAUCUGAAUACAUGGUUAUACCGAAUCCGCGAAAUGUCACAGUAUCUCGGAGAGAUAGCCCUCUACCACACAGAUUUACGGAAAACAAGACACAAAGAAAGAAUAGAGAAGGUCCCCUUUCUCGAAAAUUUUAGGCUGAACUCUGCCAUUGAGCUUGUCUCUGAUGAACAUGAAGAGUAUGACUUACUUGAGAAUGAUGAGCUUCAGGUGGACUUCACCCCUUUGCUUGAAUGCUUGCAUAUUCACCAAUCCCUUGGUCACGUGGACAAGUUCAAGGCUGAGUAUGCAAACACUCGUCGUCGACAGAAAGAACUACUGAUCCCUGCUUCCGUAACCCUGAUUGAUGAAGAUGGCGCUAGCCUACACAAUUUGCUGGAAGAAAUGGCGGGAUUUGCUAUUGUUGAACGGUCUACAAUGAAAAGAAUUCCCGACCUUAGGUCGCCGGUUGAUGUUGAUGAGCUCUGGGACUCGAUGUGUCAAACUGCAGUCGGCUUGAUAUCUAAAGCUCUCGGCGAAGUUGAUACCGCGGAAAGCAUCCUCAAGAUUAAAAAUCUUAUUGCACUGUUUAUGCAAACAAUGGACACAUGGAAUUUCUCCGUGAUAGCGUUCGAUGAGGUUCUCUUGAUCUUGUUCAAGAAAUAUGCCGAGCUACUCAAGAAGAGAUUUAGCGAUGACUUCCAAGAGAUCGUCACCACAGAUGACUACAUGCCUAUGCCUAUCCAGACUCUUGAGGAGUAUGAGAAAGUACUCAAUGUUAGUUGGUACAAUCCGACUAAACAACAUGAACAACAAGUGUUUCCAUGUGUCUUGCCAUUUUCGCAAAUGUACCCUCUGUGCUGUAUUGAUAUUCGGAACUUUUUAAAUCAGUUUUAUUUUUUUGCUAACAAUGAGUUCUCGCAUCCCGAUGUUAUUGAUCAAACGUUACAAAACGCACUGGAUGAAUUGCUUUCAAACAAGGUCUGCGAUACUCUUGUCGAGCGUCUUUCCUCUCAAUAUCUCGGCCAGAUUGUUCAGAUUCUCAUCAAUCUGGAACACUUUGAACUUGCCUGUCAUGAACUAGAGCAUCUCUUGGCUGCGGCUCGAUCAUCGAAUGCAACAGGUGGCCCGAUAUCUUUGAAAGCCACCGAGAAAUUCAGAAACAACAAAAAGGCCGCUGAAAAGCGCAUUUUUGAAGUUGUAAAUUCAAAGAUCGAUGAUCUUGUUGAGACAGCAGAAUACGAAUGGAUGGCACCCGUUCCGCCUAGCGAGCCAAGCAAUUACAUGCAGACAUUAACUCGGUUUCUAUCUAACAUCAUGAAUUCAACCUUACUCGGCCUUCCCACAGAGAUAAAAGAGCUUAUAUAUUUCGACGCUCUUAGUCAUGCUGCGAAUAUGAUCCUGGCCCAGCCUCUUUUCCCUGAGGUCAAGAAAAUUAACCCCAAUGGAGUCGCAGCCCUCGCAAAAGAUGUUCAAUAUCUCACAGAAUUUGUUGAUAGUCUGGGUGUACCCAUUUUACGAGAGAACCUGGACGAGUUACAGCAGACUGUGCAGUUAAUGCAAGCCGAAAACACGGACGAAUUCUAUGAUAUCGCGACUAGGAAUAAGAAAUAUGGACGAGUCGAUGCUCUCAAUGGCCCCAUUCUUUUAGAAAAGAUCACCCAUACGUUGCAAAGCCCGACUAAAGCCGACAAAUUUUCUACUCUCUCCUCGAGGUUUGGAAAAAGAACAUAGUAGGGGUUCUCUUUGAUAUAUUUCGUGGUAUUGUCCGU